UGUACUGUAUACAUUUAUAUGUUAUGUAAUAAAUAUUGCAACAUCCGUAAAUGGUUAAUAAAAUGCGUAAAGAAAAACCAGAAAUGCGGGUUUAUCGUUUGUUUUCGCUUCGUAUCGACCUGGUUAUUAUUAAUUGAGUUGUACAUUUCAGAGUCAGAAAUAUUGGUAUACAUCCACGGGGGUUAUUGGCAGCAGUUGAGCCGGGAUGUGUCCAGUUACAUUGUUGAGCCACUUUAUAAGAGCGGCUUCAAAGUGAUCGUAAUUGGUUAUGAUCUGUGUCCUGUGGUCACGAUGCCCGAGAUCGUUGCUGAGAUACAACGGGCAUUCCAGUACUGUAUAAAUUACGCGAAACUCCACAAAUCUAGCGGAAUAUCGGUUGCUGGACACUCUGCCGGUGCCCAUCUUGCCGCAUCGAUGUUUAAUCUCACCAAAACCGAAGACAUCUUCCGUGACUUCUACUUGAUCUCCGGAAUCUACAAUCUUCAACCUUUGGUCGGCACCUUCGUUAAUAAUGCUUUAAUGAUGAGCCUAUCAACAGCGACAUCUCUUAGUCCGCAGUUGUCCAACAUCUCUGUCUGCGCUAAAGUCCACGUCAUCGUCGGCGAAUUUGAUAGUCCUGCCUUCAAGGAACAAAGUAAGAAGUUCCACGAGAAACUUCAAGAGCUUCACGUCAAGACAGAAUUUAUGAUGAUUGAAAAAAUGGACCACUUCGAUAUCGUUGAGAACUUGAAUUGCAGCGAUUAUGAACUUAUUAAAUUAAUCUUGAGACAAAAAAUAUAAAAUG